GGACGGGGGGUGGGGUCCGGGCGCACUCGGGGUGCAAUGGCCGCGUGGGGUGAUCGGCUGGCUGGUGUGCGCGGGGUGCUGCUCGACAUCUCGGGGGUGCUGUACGACAGCGGCGAGGGCGGCGGCGUCCCGAUCGCCGGCUCGGUGGAGGCGGUGGCGAGACUGAAGCGGUCCCGGCUGAAGGUGAGAUUCUGCACCAACGAGUCGCAGAAGUCCCGGGGAGAGCUGGUGGCACUGCUUCGGCGACUGGGAUUUGACAUCUCCCAGGAGGAGGUGACUGCCCCGGCACCCGCCACCUGUCAGGUCCUGAAGGAGCGAGGCCUGCGCCCUCACCUGCUCGUCCACGACGGAGUCCGCUCAGAGUUUGGCCAGAUUGACCAGUCCAACCCAAACUGCGUGGUGCUGGCAGACGCCGGGGAGAGCUUUUCUUACCAGAACAUGAACAAGGCCUUCCAGACUCUCAUGGAGCUGGAGAAUCCCGUGCUCAUAUCCCUGGGAAAGGGACGCUACUACAAGGAAACCUCGGGCCUGAUGCUGGACGUCGGAGCCUACAUGAAGGCGCUCGAGUAUGCCUGCGGGAUUGAAGCCGAAGUGGUGGGGAAACCUUCUCCCGAGUUUUUCAAGUCGGCCCUGCAAGCGAUGGGAGUGGAAGCCCACCAGGCCAUCAUGAUUGGAGACGACAUCGUGGGUGACGUUGGCGGUGCCCAGCGGUGUGGAAUGAGAGCGCUGCAGGUGCGGACUGGGAAGUUCAGGUACUUCAGUGACUCCGUUGGCUGGGGCAUUCAGCAAGCUCCCUGCCAUCAGCCUCCUGCACCACUGAGCAGACAGUCCCACUGGCCACACCAGAGCCAAGGGCCACUUCCACCCGCUCCAGCCGCUGGAAGGAAGCCCAUUUUCCCACAUCCUCGCCAGUUGUCCGGGUUGUGAAACUUUUCCUAAUCUGAAGGGCGCGUGAUGAUAUCUUGUCCUAGCAGAGUGUGUGUUUUCUGUAUGGUUGUGAUUGAGCACUUUUUCAAAUGUUUGGUGACUGCUUGAGCAUCCCUUUAGUGAGUCGUCUGUGACUGUCCUCUUACACUUUGCUGCCAAAUGCUCAUCAUUUGGUUACUGGCUCCGACCACACUUUACAUUUUACACCCCCUCUUGUGCCCGUUAUAGCUGGCACCACAGUGGCUCCCAGCCUGUGGCUGUCUUUCCACUUUGCUUAUUGUGCCACGUUGAGCAAAAGUUCCAAAUGGAAACAGACUCAUAUUAAUUAAUCAUUUUGUUAUGGUUUGUGAGUUUCCCACCUAAGAAUUCGUCCCCUCUCUUGGUCAUAGUUAGGAAGAUUCUCCUUCACAAGUUUUUAAGUUUUACUUUGUACACUUAGGGCCUGUGUUUUCUCGGACUUGUGUCUGGUGUGAGGUAGGGAUCGUGCGGCUUUCCAGCUGUAAGGCCAUUUUUAACAGCUCAUUCUUCCCCCCCCCGACUCGUAAUGUUGCCUCUGUCAUAUUGAGAUAUGAUUCACAUACUAUAUAGUCAACCACUUGACUUGUAUAAUUCUGUGUUUCAGUCAUGCUCAUACACCAUUAUCAUCAGUCAAUUUUAGAAUACUUUCAUCAUCUCACAAAGAAACCUUGUAUCCUCUAGCUACCCCUGCCCCUGGUCUACCUAGCCCUAAGCAACCACCAAUGUGCUCUCUGCUUUUCCUACUCAGGGCACUUUAUGUGACUGGAACCAUGUAAUAUAUAGUCUUUGUGUCUGGCUUUCUUCAUUUGGCAUGUUUUCAAGGUCCAACCGUGUUGUAGCAUGUAUCAUGCCUCAUUCCUUUUUAUGGAUGAAUGAUUUUCCACUUACAAAUGUAUUAUAACUGUUUAUCCAUUCACUUGUGGGCUUUUAUGAGAAAUGCUGCUCCGAGUUCAUGUACAAGUUUUUAUGUGGACAUUUACUGGGUACCUAUACACUGCGGCUAUAACAAAAUGCCUGACACUGAAUAAAGAACAGAAAGUCAUUUCUUUACAGUUCUGGAGACUGGAAAGUCCAGUCACAGUGCCAGCAGGCCCAGGGGCUGCUCUCUCUACUUUCAAGAUGGUACCUCUUCUGGGAAGAGCAGAAGGGGAGAGGAGGGUGAGCACCGUUCCUUCGAACCCUUUCAUAAAGCCACUAAUCCCAUUCGCAAGGGCAGAGCUCUCCUGACUUAAUCACCUCUUAAAGGUCCUAUCUCUGAAUACCAUCACGUUGGCAAUUAGGCCUCAACUGGGGAAUUGGUUUCAGACAGAGUACUGCCAUCUUAACAAUAUUAUAUCUUCUGACCCAUAAACUAAUUUUUCCAUUUA